GCCACCCCAACCCCGUGCCAGCCCCGGUGUCACGCGUGUCCCCGGUGUCCCCGCAGGCAGGACAUGGACUCCAUGUUCGAGGACGACAUCAGCAUCCUGACGCAGGAGGCGCUGGGGCCGGACGAGGACUGGCUGGACAGCCCCAACACCGACCUGUCGGGGGAGAUGUGCUCGGCCUCGCACUUCGCCCUCAUCACCGCCUACGACGACAUCAAGAACCGCCUGACGGCGCUGGAGAGGGAGAACUCCACGCUCAAGCGCCGCCUCAAGAUGUACGAGGUCAAGUACCCCCUGAUCGGUGAGUUUGGCGAGGAGCACAUCUUCUCCCUCUACGAGGCCAAGGAGAACUCGCUGCUCAAGAGCGAGAAGGCGUCGCUGCAGCAGCAGCUCAACCAGUUCCAGCACGAGCUGCAGAAGAGCAAAGAGCGGGAGGAGCAGCUGGAGGAGAUGAUCCAGGCGUACGAGAAGCUGUGCGUGGAGAAGGCGGACCUGGAGAGCGAGCUGGGAGAGAUGCGGGCGCUGGUGGAGACGCACCUGAGCCGCAUCCGGAGCUUGGAGCAGCAGCUGCGGCAGCGCGACGGCGGCGCCUUCCCCGGCCUGGGCGCUCAGGACGUGCCUUUCAUCGCCCUGCACCCCAACCCCGGCCUGAGCCACGUGCUGGAGCGCGCCGGGGGCUGGCAGAGCCGCGGGCUGGAGGCCGAGCUGGAGGCGGCGCGCCAGGAGAACCAGCGCGCCCAGCACCGCGAGGAGCACCUCAAGGCCGAGUGCGAGAGGCUGCAGGCGGAGCUGAAGCACCUGCAGGACACGCGGGAGCAGGAGCAGUCGGAGCGGGACAUGGCCUGGGUGAAGAAGGUGGGCGACGACCAGUAAGUGCUGGGAGGGGACUGGGCCGGGACUGGGGGAGCCCCGCGCUGGCAGGGAGGGGUGGGGACACCCGGCACCGGCUGUGGGGCACCACGGGGUGUCCCCGCAUUGAAGUGCGGCAAUGGGGGGGAUCCCGCACCCCAAAAUCACCCGGUGAGCCCCGGGGGUUUGGAGCUGAGCAGGGCUGCGGGCACGGGGUGCCCGGUGCUGAAUGUCCCCAUGGCCGGUGCCCGGUGCCGAAUGUCCCCAUGGCCGGUGCCCGGUGCUGAAUGUCCCCAUGUCCGGUGCCCGGUGCUGAAUGUUGUCCCCGUGCCCGGUUCCCAGUGUCCGUGCCUUGUCCCAGUGCCCGGUUCCCAUUCCCGGUGUCUGUACCUUGUCCCAGUGCCCCGUUCGGUUCCCGGUGUCAGUGCCUUGUCCUGGUGCCCGGUUCCCAUUCCCGGUGUCCGUGCCUUGUCCC